AUGCAGUCUUCCCGCUUCCAGUCCAUCACCUCCCGCUUCUCUCCGAGCACACUCAGAACCACCUUCCGCCGCUCGUCAUCAGCAUCCUCCCGUGCCAGCAGCGACCGAGGCUCCUUUGCUACCACGGCGUCGUCUCCCCCCUCAAUGCUUGACCUCGAGGAAGAGCGCAAGAGCUUCGGAAGCGAGCUCAGCAUCCUCGAGCCACGCCCUGUUCUCUACUUCGGCAGCGUCGAGGAGCGCAUUGGAUCACUAUAG